AUGCAAGGCACCCAAGGCAUGGAAAGCAUGGGAGACGGCAGCAUGGGAAACCCAGCCAAUGGAGCGAACGGAAUGGCUGGUGGGUGUGGCUGUGGCGGCUGCGGUGGAUGCGGCUGUGGCUGCGGCUGUGGACCCUGCUGCGGAGGUUGUUGCGGGUUUCCAUGCGGAGGAAUGAUGGCCAUGCCGAUGAUGGGCAUGCCAAUGAUGCCCAUGAUGAACCCUAUGAUGGGGCUCAUGGCCGGCAUGGCCAGCAUGGCCAACAUGGCUAAAGCUGCCAAGGCAAAGAAGAAGGCCCCCGAGCCUGAGGAAAAGAAAGAGGAGGAAAAGGAAGCCGCACCAGCCGUGGAAGCUUUCAACCCAGAGGAGCUGCAAAAGCGCCUGCUCAUGGCCCAGUCACAGCGCUUCGCCGAGGUGGCGAAGCAGGACCAGGACGAUGAGGAGAAGAGCCAGGAUGAUGGUGAGCAUUCAGACAGCGGCAGUGAGAAAAGUGAAAAGAGCGAAGCUGAAGGAGGAAAAGAGGAGAACGAUGCCAAGAAGUCGGAGGACGAGCCGAUGAGCGAGGACGAAGCUCCGCCACCUCCGCCAGAGCCUCCCCAACCGCCUCCGCAACAACCGGAAAAAGCUCCCCAACCCAUCGAACCCCAAGACCCCUCACCGGCCCAAGCGCAGAAGGGUCCGGCCCCAGCCCCAGCCCCAGCCCCAGCACCAGCACCCCCUCAACCCCCGCAGGAACCCACCAAGCAGGCCAACGCGGGUAAGGCUCCUUCGGCCCCGCCGCAAAAGGCUCCUUCGGCUCCUUUGACAUGGCCGGGCCCUCCUCCAAACACUGACAGAAUGGACCCGCGAAUGCAGGAAACCCUGCAAAAGCUCCAAGCGCUCCAAGGAGGAGCGCUGGGACAGGAGGAGCAGAAAGCCAGGCGUAUGAAGGCUGCGACUGCGGCAGCCGAGGAGAUCAAGAUGUCUCUGGAGAUGAAGAGCUCCGAGCCUGGCUCCGAGUCAAAAGACUCAAAGGAAAAAGACAACGACGGCAACGACGGUUCGGAGAAAGGCUCCGACACAGCCAUGGGUGUCGUUAUCCAUUGGAGCGGCGUCAGAGGUUUUGGAAUUCUGCGUUCGCAGACUCAUGGUGAGGUCACUGUCAAUGCCAAGGCUCUCAUGAACACCUCCGAGCUGGCCGUCGGGGACGUUGUCACUUUCGAGCUGGGCUUUGACAAGAAGAAGAACAAACCGGAGGCCAACAGCGUCUACAAGUCCGGUGCAGGUGGUCAGAAGUCCAGUGGUGACCGCAGUGACGCGGCGAGGACAUCCACCAGCAGUUCAGCGCCUGGCACUGCCAGCAACGGCCAGUCCAAGGCAGAUGCCAAAAGUGAGAAAGCAAAGGAUGCCAAGGAGAGCAAGGAGAAGGAGAGUAAGGAGAAGGAGAGGAAGGAGAGCAAGAAGGAGAAGAGUCAGAAGAGGAAGUCGCGCUCACGACGGAAGUCUUCUUCCUCCUCCUCGUCCUCCUCUUCGUCUUCCUCCCGCAAGCGGAGGAGAAAGUCUCGCUCCCGAUCCCGCUCACGUCGCCGUCGGCGGUGA